AUUAUUGUAAAAAAAACAAAUAUUCCUCAGGUACGUCAUUUACAAUACACGCACAUAACUGAAUUGUAAUGUUUUAUGUUCUUAUUAGGGGGUCGUUCUCACUGUUGUGCCCUAUAUAUUAGAUUUGAGGGGACCCAAUUUUCCUUUGUUCAUUGAUAUGAGCUUCCCAGGUUUACAAAAUGAUGCCUCGUUUUUGAUUCAUUACGUUGAGCAUUAGCUGCAAAAUUGCAAUUCACCAGCUUUUGAUCAUGCCUGUUGCAUGGAAAUAAAUAGGUAAUGCUUUGUGGAUAUUCUCACAAUUGAUUGACUUAUAUGGUCCUAUUUUGUAGUGGGGUUUCCUUAGAAAGGGUUAUUCUACAUUUUACUUUCUUUAAAAGGGUAAAAUUCUACAUUGCAAGGACAAAAUCUUGGAUUUUCUCCGUCUUUUCUUGAUUUGGGUGUCUGGUUGUGGAUAUUGUUUGCUUACUGCCUUCUUUACAAGAUUGAUCUUUUACUCUGAUAUAAGGGUCUGUGCAGUGUGUGAGGGAUUGUUCUUGUGAAUUAGCUAAAGGAGAAAUUUGUCAGCUGGAUUCUGCUUUAGACCUGAAACUGAAUCCUGGGUAGUGGGCAAGAUUUGAUUUCACGCGAAAGCUUAAAACUUUUGUUGUGUUGAAAUCCUAGGUGUUUAACUUGGGUUUGGAGUAAAAUUGCUGUCUGUAUGGUAUGAGUGAAUUGGUUGACGAAUUUGGAUGUUGUGGAUAAAUCUUGGAAUAAGAGGAAGCAGUUUAUUGCUUAUUAGGGAUCUUAGUUUUAUGAAAUAAGUUCAGGAAGCCUGCACUUUACUUGGAAUUCUCGGUGGAAUGGAUGUUCUUUCAUUGAUGUUUGAAAACUUUGAAAUUGUAUAAGAACUGUAGUACAUGUAGCUCGCUUUGUUGGUGGUGAGAUGUUUAAACCAUUUCUCCACCUCCAAGUUAUAGAUUUUGGAAUUCCACUAACUGCCUUCAGUUCACUGCAUUGUUUGUGACCUCUCCUCCAUCCUUACCCGCAAAAUCCCCUCCAACAAAUGCAACAUCUUCAUGCCGGAAGUCACUGUCCUCCAACAAAUGUAACAUAGCCUCUUCUAGCCUUAUCACCAGCAUUGACCACUAAUGGCUUCUCCACCACCUCCUGAAGCAUCUACUCCUCCAACCGAUGUCUCACCUCCAACCUUUAGUCCUCCACCUACACCUUCUGGCCCACCGGCUAGGUCAUCACCACCCCCAUCUUCUACUCCGCCAGCUAGUUCGCCGCCACCUCCAUCUUCUAGUCCGCCUCCUAGUUCGCCACCACCUCCACCGUCUAGUCCACCACCUAGUUCACCACCACCUCCAGAACCUGAUCCACCACCUGUCUCACCUCCACCUGUACCAACUCCUUCUCCUCCUGCAAGUUCACCUCCAUCACCGGCAUCACCUCCCCCUACAUUGUCACCUCCGCCACCCGUACAGAAUCCAGAACCUCCUCCAGCUCCAAAAUCACCCUCAAAUUCAUCUCCACCACAAUCUCCUGAACCUCCAAAAGGUUCGUCACCUUCACCACCUUCACCGCCUUCACCAUCUUCAUCCAACUCACCUUCAAAUUCACCUCCAUCCCCAACAUCUAAGCCAUCAGAAAAUCCGCCUCCUUCCCCAGCCUCAGGCCCUCCUAAAGAUUCACCACCUUCACCAGCUACAUUACCUCCCAGUACCUCACCAUCUUCUGAUUCCCCUUCAGACUCAUCACCGCCAACAUUUGUGAUACUACUAUCACCACCUCCAUCCUUUAACGGUUCACAACCUUCUCUUACUCCUCCUUCAUCACCAGUUCCUUCAGGUGGUGCUAGUAACCAUAGUUCUGGAAACCAUCCAGCAGAAAGCUCAAAGUCUGCAGGUGGUAGUGGCAAUGGUACUGCAGGGACAGUUUCCAUCGGCAUCGUACUUGUUCUUCUAUUGGUUGGUCUUAUCGCAGCAGCUGGAUGGUGUAUACGGAAGCGAAAGAAGAAUUCUGGCUAUAAUAUUGGUAAUGUCAAGACAAUCUCUGUGUGCUCCACUCCAAAAUCAGAGUCUGCUUUAUUGAAGGUCGAGGAAUCAACACCUGAGAUAAAUGGAACUGGCUCCAAUUUCCUCGGUUCUCCAGGGGACCCUUGUGGAUUCAGCAGUUCAAAGACAUGGUUUACUUAUCAAGAACUAGUUGAGGCCACGAACGAUUUUUCAGCACAGAAUCUAUUAGGGAAGGGUGGAUUUGGUUCUGUAUACAAAGGAUGUCUAGCAGAUGGAAGAUAUGUAGCAGUAAAGCAGCUAAAUAUUGGUGGGAGCCAGGGGGAACGAGAAUUCAGAGCUGAAGUUGAAAUCAUUAGUCGGAUACACCAUCGUCAUUUGGUUUCACUUGUAGGUUAUUGCAUUUCAGAGAAGAAUCGCCUCCUUGUUUAUGACUAUGUUCCCAAUAAUACCCUUUACUUCCAUCUUCAUGCACAAGGGAGGCCUGUCAUGAAUUGGACAACACGUGUUAAAAUUGCUGUUGGCGCAGCUCGUGGAAUAGCUUAUCUGCAUGAAGAUUGCUGUCCUCGUAUUAUUCACAGAGACAUUAAGUCAUCGAACAUUCUUUUGGAUAAUAACUUUGAGGCACGGGUUUCUGAUUUUGGACUGGCUAAAUUAGCUCAGGAUGCAGAAAGUCAUAUCACAACACGUGUCGUUGGAACAUUUGGAUACAUGGCUCCUGAAUAUGCAUCGACUGGCAAGCUGACUGAAAAAUCUGAUGUAUAUUCCUUUGGGGUUGUGCUUCUGGAGCUGAUUACUGGAAGGAAGCCAGUGGAUACAUCUCAGCCUUCAGGGCAGGAGAAUCUAGUUGAGUGGGAUAGAAAGCUCAUAUGGCAAUUUGGAAGCAGACACACCUUAGAGUUUAAACAUAAUGACUCCACUGUGAACUGUGUUUUUUGAGGAGAAUAAUCUUGUGCAAUAGUUGGCUUCCUAGUGUUUACCAUAUUUCUCUUGGACCUGGAACACCUGUUUAGAUUACCUCAAUCCCCUUCCCCUUAUCCGAGAAGGACAGUAUUGGGGCUACCAGGGGAACUUGGAUUUCAUAUAAUCGACUUGUUAAGUGAUUGAUAAGGGCAAAAUGAGAUAUAAUGGAGUCAAAAUAGACCAAGGGGACUUUUGGUAUCCAGAGUCAAAAGAGGUGAGAGAUUGGCUGUUGUGUAGGAUAUUGGCACUGGAACUUUGUACCAGCUUAUGUGGAACAUACACAAUGUUUAGUUUGUUUGGAUGCUAACUGAGACAUGUUAGGUGCUUGCAUGGUUUUUGUAAGGAUUCAUUUGUAUCCUUGGAUCUAAAUGCAUGAUUAUUCUUGUGCACACCAAAGUUUAUCUCACAUAUCAAGCUUGUUACCUAAAAGCUAGAACACUGAAAUCCACUAUUGAUUAUCCAUUUCAUUAGGUAUAGCCUUCAAAUAGUUUAUGCAUUCCAGAGUCUUGUAUGAUAGGCCUUUUACCCAAGCAUAAGAGUUCAAGUUUUAUACAUCUUAGUUGAAAAGAAUUCAGAAUCCACAUUAAUGGAUGUCAUCUAUAGUUUUAUCUGACUUUAUAGAUUUAUUUCGUAGUUUGAUGUGGGUUUUAGGAAACUGUUAUUUAGUCAUCCAUUAGCUAUUGUUCUAAUCAAUUAUAUGCCGUGCUUUAUUGUGAUAAGCAUGAUGACUAAUCAAAAAGCAUGUCUUUUAGUAGCAUCUUGAAAAAUAAUAUGAUAUGGGGCACCAAAAGCGCAUUUACCGUCUUGAUAAUAGAAAAUUUCCAAAUGAUUACAUUUCAUUUGCUGAAGCAACUAUAUAGUAGCCCUCAACGUAAUUCAUUAGAAAAUUAAAUUCAAGAGUUGAGAGCUGUUCUUGGUGAGGUUCACCCAAACUUUCGCCAAAUGUUAAACCAGCUUAAACGAUCAUUUAUGUCUCAUGUCAUGGACUUCUGGAAAGAAUAAAACCUCGAGCUUUAAUGUGAACAGUCCCAGAAAGUUAACUUCUCCUCAAAAGGAAUUUCACUGCUACUUUCUUUUUCAUUUUCCUUUUUGUUUCGUUAAGAUUUGGCAAUCAUAUAUUUUGAAGGAGAAGUCUCUUGUGCCAAGAUUAAUUAUCUUGGAGCAAUUUAGCAGCGAGCUUGAAUCUAACCAAAAUACGGUAUCUAAACCCACAUGAUUCUCUUUGUUAGUUAGGUCAUUUUGUUGUCAAGUAUUUCGUCCACAAUGAGGGCUGUCGGCACUGAUAUCUGAAAAGGCAGAUUUUCUUCUGUUAUGUGUCUCAUAGAGGGUAUGGUUUUCAUUCUUAUGGUUUGUGAUGCAUUUAAUUUCAGUUUGCCAUGACUCAGUUCACUAAUACUACUUUUCUCCAAUACUGUCAUUUUAUGUGACUCAGUUCACUAAUACUGUCAUUCUUAUAUGACAAUAUUUGACUAGACAUAGAGUUUAAAUUGUUCAUUUAACUUGUAUAUUAUAUUGGUGGUAGUGGAAGAAUAUAUUGAAGUAACAAGUGAAAAGUUAAUUUGAUAUAGAACAUCUCAUCAAAUUAAGUUUCAAAUUUUAAUAGUUGAGUUAAUUUGAAUUCUCGAGAGUUGUAGAAGCAGUACUCUCUCUACCUUAUUUUAUGUGGCAACUUUUUUUUUUAGUCUGUCCUAAACAGAAUGACAUAUUUCCAUGUUCAGAAAAAAUUUAACUUUAAACUUCUCACUUUAUCAUUAACGAGCAGAUUUAUAGUCAAUACAAAUGUCUAUGACUUAUUUUAGACUAUAAGUUUCAAAAGUCUUUUUGUGUUAAACUCCACGCCCGGUCAAACACCGUCACAUAAAACGGGAUGGAGGGAGUAUAGAAUAUACGUAUUAAUAAAAUAAUGUCAAACAUUUUUGAAUGCCCCAAACUAAAGAAACCCAAAAUGAAGAGAGACUCGUAUAAACUGAGAUGGAGGGUGUAUCUCAUAUAAUUGAGAUGGAGGGUGUAUUGUCACGACCCGGAAUUUCUACCGUCGGGACCGUGAUGGCGCCUAACAUUUCACUUGCUAGGCAAGCCAACGUUAGAGAUCAUUAAACCAAUUCUUAAACCUUUCAGUGAUUAACAAUAAUUAAACCAUAACAAGUUGAAAAGAGUGCGGAAAUCCAUAAGAGUCUUAAUAUGUAAAGCUGGAGUCACAAUCCACGAACUUCUAAGAUUUUACUACAACAAAUGUCGGAAGGAAAUACAACUGUUUGCGAUACAAAAGAAACAGUAAAGUGAAUGUAUGGAAGGGGGCGCUAGGGCCUGCGGACGCUAACAGGCCUACCUUGGAUCUCCGAUUAGAUGAAGCCAGCAGCUAGACUCAGGAUCAGCUCGGACCGGUACCGAAAUCUGCACAGAAAGUGCAGAGUGCAGUAUCAAUACAACCGAUCCCAUGUACUGGUAAGUGUCGAGCCUAACCUCGACGAAGUAGUGACGAGGCUAGGACAAGACAACACCAUAAAUCUGUGCAGUUAAACAGUAUACGAGCAAUAACAACUAAUAGAAGCUAAACAGAUAAUAACGGGAGGGGGAAACAUGCUGAGGGGAGUACAAGACCAUGAAAAUGGUAAUAGUAAAGAAACAUAGCAAACAACAUGCUUUGCACCAAUGGAAAUAUUAAACAUAGCAAAAACAAGUGCACGACAUCACCCUUCAUGCUUUUACUCUCAUUCUCACCACAAUGAAUGAAAGAAACGAUGAUAAUGAAUAUAGAAUGGCACGACAUCACUCUUCGUGCUUUACA